CGGGCAGCCUGGGCGCGGGGGCUCUCAGGGGCCACUGCCGGGCGAUAUGGAGCUGCUGUCGGCCCUGAGCCUGGGCGAGCUGGCUCUCAGCUUCUCCCGGGUGCCCCUCUUCCCGGUCUUUGAUCUCAGCUACUUCAUCGUUUCCAUCCUGUAUCUCAAGUACGAGCCAGGUGCUGUGGAAUUGUCCCGGCGGAGCCCUGUGGCCUCAUGGAUCUGUGCCAUGCUCUAUUGCUUUGGGAGCUACAUCCUGGCUGAUCUUCUGCUCGGGGAAGCACCAAUCGAUUAUUUCAGCAAUAACUCCAGUAUCCUCCUGGCCUCAGCAGUCUGGUACAUGAUUUUCUUCUGCCCCAUGAACCUCUUUUAUAAAUGCAUCAGUUUCCUGCCCGUGAAGCUCAUUUUUGUGGCAAUGAAGGAGGUAGUGAGAGUUCGAAAGAUUGCCGUUGGGAUCCAUCAUGCCCACCACCACUACCACCAUGGGUGGUUCAUCAUGAUCGCCACAGGCUGGGUCAAAGGUUCGGGCGUAGCCCUGAUGUCCAACUUUGAGCAGCUGCUCCGUGGAGUCUGGAAGCCAGAGACAAACGAGAUUCUGCACAUGUCCUUUCCAACCAAAGCCAGCUUAUAUGGAGCCAUUCUUUUCACACUUCAGCAGACCCGCUGGCUUCCCAUUUCUAAGGCUAAUCUCAUCUUCUUCUGCACCCUGUUCAUGGUGUCUUGCAAGGUGUUCCUGACAGCUACACACUCCCAUGCGUCCCCGUUUGACACUAUCGAGGGCUUCAUCUGUCCUGUGCUCUUUGGUUCUGCCUGGGGAGGCCCUGGGGACCAUCAGCAUGAUGACGAUGGGUUUUCCCACGAUGCCCAGGGGGGGCCGUCCUCUUUUCAUGCCCCACAGCCUCCGGCCAAAUCAAAGGAGGAGUUGAAUGAAGGCUCGAGAAAGAGAAAGGCCAAGAAGGCAGAAUAAAUGAAGAAUCUGCCACAGGUGACUAGUGGCCAAAGAGAGAGUCACUUCUGAGCUGCAUGAGAAAUACACCCAUGUCACCCGAGCCCUCACAGGCUCCACCCUAAGACUUGUACAAGGGAGAAGGAAUUUGAGGAGACCACCCAGUGUGCCUCUAUUUCCAUCAGGGACCCCUAUUUUCAGGGGCUUACAGAUAAGGUAUAGAAAUCCCUAUAGGCCCAAAAGGAGAGUUCUAGCCCAAAGCAAGGCAUCUUGGUGGUAGGUUUUCUCCUUUUUUUUUUUCUCUCCCUUUAAAUAAAGACUAUUUUGGGAAACAGUUUUAAGUUGCUAUGGGAGUCCAGGAACAUUGGUUCUUCCUGAUAUCUCUUUAGGAUUCCUGGCAUGUGAAAACUACUUUGUAUUUUAGACUAAUUUGUUUUGAAUCCAAGAAUGGAAGAGCAAGGUGGAAAAAAACCCACCCUAAAAUAAUUGGGCUCUUAAUAGUGUCUUUUUGAAUUGACUUAUGAGAAAGAAACAUAACUUGGAUUUUGAGAAGGGGCCUCGAUGGCUAAGUGACCCACCCAAGCUGGGGAGAUACCUGUGGCCUGUUACCUCUGAGCCAGACCUGGAGCUGCCCAUUCACGUCAGAUCCGGGUCAGCUUUCAGAGAAUUGUCUUUUUGGGGGAUUGAGAUUUCCCAGAUGGCCACUGGUAACGUUAGUGACUUUUGAAGCUCUAUCAGACCUCCCUGAAUUCUUAGGAUCAGAAUGGAAAUUGAACCGAUUUUUAAUUGAAACUUUUAACUGAGCUUUCUGAUUAGCCAAGAAGCUUGGCAUCUACUCAACGUGUCUCUCUUGGGUCAACUAGCCUAUGUGACGUGAAGGAAAAGGCACAACCAGAGAGAAGGGAUCUUAGAUAGCACAUUACGUCACUGUGGUCCUCUGCACUCUGGCCCUUGGCCAGCUCUGCUAGAUCUGCAGUUAAGUUCUGACACUGGCUUUGACGAGCUAGGGAGUCUUUUCCAAGUUGGGGUCUUGGGCUGUGGGGAUCAUGUUCCAAUCCAAACACCCUGAACCACCUGAAACUGCGCACCAAAGGGAUAAUAAGCAAACUGAGGCUGCCGGGACCCUCACCUGGAACUGGAACCUAUAACUGAGGGGGAUGCACUACGCCUUCCUCUGCUAUUUUUCAGUCCCAACACCAUGGCUGGGAUGUUAUUGCAAGACCCAACAUUGGGAGAAAUCCCAGGAUUUAUCCCAUCAAGGAAGUUGGUCAAUUGCGGUGAGUUUGGGAAGUGCAUUACUCCAGGUAACUUGCCUCUCCCUACUCCCCACCAUGAAGUCAGGCAGCAGGGUCCGAUGUCGCCUUUUAAUAGCAUCGUGUUUUGACAAAGCUGUUUCUGGAUGACUAUAAAGGGCUCCAUGUAAGGGGGUGAUGUUUUAUAGAUGAACCACAAAAUAAAAGCAUUGU